AUGCCAGCUCUGGAGGCAAGCGAUCCAGUCGCCAUGGACACUCAGCCUCCAAGCGUCGGCGGUAACAGUGCGCUGGGUAGCUUGAAGGGGAGACGAAAGCUGCAGCUGGUGCAGCCUUCGUCGGCAGACGAAGAGGCGAAGGUGUUGAGGGAGCUGAUGAACACGGCAGAUGCUGGGAUGAAGGAAGGAGACACAUACAACCUAGUAGACGCUAGAUGGUGGCGAGCUUGGUCCAGAUACUCGGGCUACUCGGAAUCAGAGAGCGAGUCGCAGAAGCUUACUGUGAAGCCGCUACCCAUAGACAACUCGAGCCUGGUGGAUCGGGAGGCGCAGGACAGGUUCGGCAGUGCUGAGCCUCACCUGCGGCUGGAGCUGCAGGAGGAUGGGGACUACGUUCUGGUGCCGCAGUCAGUGUGGCGCGUGCUGCACUCGUGGUACGGGGGCGGGCCAGUGGUGUCUCGCCACGUGGUGCGCAUGGGGGGCCGGGAGGAGCUAUCAGUGGAGGUGUAUCCGCUCUCUCUCGAGCUCUCCUGCGUCUCUGCCGCCACCUCACUGCCUCAUCGCGUGGAGUCAGUGGUUAUCAGCAAGCGUGCGACUGUGGGACGGCUCCGGCACCGUGCGUGCGAGCUGUUCGGCCUGCAGCCAGAGAAUGUGGGUCUGGUGCGGGUGUGGGACAACUACGGCGGCAAGCGCCACAAGGUGUUGAGUGAUGAGGGCCAGACACUGGAAGACGCUGAACUGCAGAUGGGCAACCAGAUACUGGUGGAGGUGGGGGAUAACGGCCAAUGGCCUGCCCAGGCCGUGCAUCUAGAGUCCUCCUCCUCCCCCUCCUCUCCCUCCACCCCCUCCCGUACGUCCAAACCUGCCGCCACCUCCCCAUUCCACACCUCCACCUCCCCCCGAACCUCCACUCUCGCUUCAGCCGCCGAACCUACCACCGCCGAGCCUAACGUCUCCAUAGCAGGGGGCCCUCUGUCGCACUAUAGCAGCGUGGGAGCUGCUCCCCCUCCUGGCGCGCUGUUCAUCACCUCGUGGCCUCCCAACCCUGCUGGGGAAGGAAUGGAGGGAGCAGGAGCAGGAGCAGAAGCAGAGGCAGGGGUGGAAGGAUCGACCUGGUCUCCGGUCAGAGAAAUGACUGAUGCAGAGGCGGCAGGGGGAGAAGAAGAGGGCGAAGGGGGUGGGACUGCUGCAAGUGGAGUUUAUACCAGCGCUGCUGCUGCUGCUGCUGCUGGGGGGGGUAGUGCUGGUGACGUGAGAGGGAAGCUGAAAGCAGCUUUCCCAGCAGAUGUGGGACCGGCUAAGAAGCCCACGUCUGGGCUGACACUAUCCAUUGCACCCCCCCCUUCCUCCUCCUCCUCUAUGGCUAUUGUCCCCGUGCCUAGCGCUGAGGAGAAGAAAGGCUCGGGCUCAGGCUUGGGGUUCCCGUUCAGGUUCGGGUUCGGGUUCGGUAGCAGUUCGAGUGCCAAGGCAGCAAGUGCGGCAGCAGCGAGUGCAGGAGCUGGAGCAGGGGCGCGAGCAGGGGGGUCGCAGGGGAUCCAGGGCGGUCCAGUGGGGUUGACAGGGUUGGUGAACCUUGGGAACACGUGCUUCAUGAACAGUGCGCUGCAGUGCCUGGUGCACACUGUACCGUUAGUGGAGUAUUUUAUGGCGGAUUAUAUGAGGGAGAUCAACAGAAGCAACCCCCUGGGAAUGGAGGGUGAGAUGGCAACAGCCUUUGGCGAGCUGCUGCGCAAGCUGUGGGCGCCGGGCCGGGACCCCGUGGCUCCCAGGGCCUUCAAGGCGCGCCUCUCGCGCUUUGCCCCUCAGUUCAGCGGCUACAACCAGCACGACUCGCAGGAACUUCUGGCUUUUCUACUGGACGGGCUACAUGAGGAUCUGAACCGCGUGAUGCGCAAGCCAUACAUUGAAGCAAAGGAUGCUGAUGGGAGGGCGGAUGAGGAUGUGGCGCGGGAGAACUGGGAGAACCACAAGGCGCGGAAUGACUCCAUCAUCGUUGACAAGUUCCAGGGUCAAUACAAGUCAACGCUGGUCUGUCCGCACUGCAAGAAGGUCUCGGUCACAUUCGAUCCCUUCAUGUACCUCUCGCUGCCGCUGCCCUCCAAGGCCACUCGCUCGCUGCACCUCACACUGCUCUCCUCGUUCGGGGACCAGCCCCCCCGUGCGCUCACUGUCACGGUGCCGCGUACAGGCAGGAUUCUGGACCUGCAGAGAGCGUUAGCUGAGGCGUGCCAACUGCCUCCAGGAGAGAGACUGCACGUGGCUGAGAUCUACAACAACCGCAUCUUCCGCUCGUUCCCACCGCUGGAGCAGAUCUCGUCCAUUGAGGACCGAGACAGGCUCGUGGCUUACCGCGUGCCGCGGGGGUGUGAAGCGCCCGUUAUAGUCACACAGCGAAUCAAGGAAGUCUCCACAGUCACCAACGAUUUCUUCUGGCGGCUGCAUGGCGCGCCGCUCCUCCUCCCGGUCUCCCGCUUUGACAUUCGCUCCGGUGCCGACCUUUACCGCCACGUGCGCACUGCUCUCAGGCCCUUCCUGCGACCAGGGGUAUCCAAGACCAAGACCUCACUCUCUCUCUCCCCUGCUGGGAACAGUGCUGCAUCUCCAGCCAAUGCCGCUUCUCCUGCUGCUGCAGCUGCUGCUGAUGGUGGUGUUGUUGCUGGUGGCACAGCUGAAAGCGAUGGUGCUGGUGCCAGUGGUGCUGAUGCAGGCGUUGGUGGUGCGGCUGGUGAUGGUGGUGCUGGUAGUGUUGGUGCAGAAAGCACAGGGGACAGGGAUGUGCAAGGGAAGGAUGAUCCUAUGGACGAAUCUGCAGGGAGGGAUGCCAAUACGGGUGAUGCAGCAGCAGUUGGUGAGGAGGGUGACGGAGAGACUGGGGCGACUGCAAAGGGAUCUGCAGGGGCUGAGGAUGCUGUGGGGCAGGAGGGAAGAGAGGGACAGGCGGUAGCAGCAGACGAGCCGCCGUUUUUGCUGUCUGUCACGCGAGCGCAUGUUGAGACUUCUGCUGAUGCUAUUCGGAUCCCUGAUGGCACUGAUUUGCCCAAGGGAUUCACUCCAGAUAUGCUUUCCAAGGAUGGACUUGCGCUGCUUCUGGAUUGGUCGGUCAAUGGGCUGAAGGAGUUUUAUGAUGUCGGGCAGCUUGAGGAGCUGCCCGAAGUGAGCUCGGGCAGUGCGGGGCUGCCCAUGAAGAACAAGCGGCAGGAGGGAGUGACGUUGUUCUCGUGCCUGGAUGCGUUCAUCAAGGAGGAACCCUUGGGCCCUGAUGACAUGUGGUACUGCCCACAGUGCAAGGAGCACAGGCAGGCCACUAAGAAGCUUGACCUGUGGCGACUGCCGGAGAUCCUAGUGGUGCAUCUGAAGCGCUUCUCUUACAGCCGCUAUUUUAAGAACAAGCUCGACACGCUCGUCACCUUCCCCAUCCAUGACUUCGACCUCUCGCCGUACCUGCCGCCCUGCAACGCUGAGGGAGGCGGCAACGUGUAUGAGCUGUAUGCUAUCAGCAAUCAUUAUGGUGGUAUGGGUGGAGGGCACUAUACUGCAUAUGUGCAGUUGGGCAACGAGCGCCAAUGGCACACCUUCGAUGACAGCUUUGUUUCUCCUGCAAACGAGUCACAAAUUGAGACGCCUGCGGCUUAUGUGCUCUUCUACCGGAGAGUUGGUAGCUCGCACCACUAUGCAGCUUCCCAGAACGAAGCAACAGGUGAUGGACAAAAUAACUCCACAGCUGAGGCCACUGAUAUGGACCGUGACUAG